AAACAGAAAUAAUUUAGUGAACAUACGUGAGACAUGUUUUUUUUAAUAUAUUUUAGAGCUAUGUUUUAUGCAGCUUAAAUCAUUCUAGGAUUGGAGUAUCUUCAUAGUAAAGGCAUAAUUUAUAGAGAGUUAAAAUAAUAAAUAAUAUUAGUCUAAAACCAGAGAACAUAGUAAUAUGUUAGGAUGGAUAUGUAAAAUUGACAGAUUUUGGUUUAUGCAAGAAGGGAAAUUUCACAAAUGUUACAGGAGCAACAUCAAUAUGUGGAACUCCAGCAUAUAUGGCACCAGAAAUAUUAUAAUAUAAGCAAUAUGGUAAAGCUGUAGAUUGGUGGUCAUUUGGUUGUUUCUUAUAUGAAAUGGUAGCAGGACAUCCUCCAUUCUUUGCAUCAAAUAAAUAAGAUUUAGAAUAUUGUAUAUUAAAUUCUUAGCCCAAUAUGAGUCAUUUUUCUAUCAGACUCUAAGAUCUUAUUGAUAGAUUAUUAGAAAAGAAUCCUAAAAAUAGACUGAGUUCUAACAUUAAAGAUCAUUAAUGGUUCACUAUUGAUUUUGAUGCAAUAUUCAAUAAGAAAGAAAUAGCACCAUUCUUACCAAAAUUAUAAAAUGAAGCUGAUGUUGCUUAUUUUGAUCCUUAAUUUAUUAAAUCGAGUAUGUCUGAAUAAUGUAGUAUCAUUGAUGANUAAUUAUAUAUAAUUUCUAUUUUUGAAUUUAUAGAAAUACAAAUAUUAAAUAAUAUUUUAAUGGAUUUUAUAGAGGAAGAUGAAAUAGGAUAGCUUUGUUUGACAAAAGAAUUUUCAAAAGAAGUGAGCUUGGAUUCGUUCGAAAUGAACUGUGUAAUAGGGAAAGGAAAAUAUGCAAAAGUGUUAUUGGUGAGAAAAAAGGAUACAAAAAAACUUUAUGCAUUAAAAGUGCUAAAGAAAUCUGGUUUAAAACAAGAUGCACGAAUAGAACGCAAUAUAAUGGUUUGGCUUAUCUAAUUAAGAUUGAAAUUUAACAUCCAUUCAUAAUAAAAUUAGUGUACGCGUUCCAAAGUGUUAGCCAUUUGUAUUUUUGCAUGGAAUAUUGUCCAGGUGGAGAAAUGUAUUAUCUGUUGAGCAAACAGAAAUAAUUUAGUGAACAUA